AUGACAGAAUUUCCUGGUUUUGGCCGUCAUUGUAAUUUUGAUAGCUGUAAUUUGUUAGAUUUUCUUCCCAUUCGGUGUGAUGCAUGUAAGAAAGAUUUUUGUGCUUCACACUAUUCGUAUGAUGCACACGGGUGUCAAUCUUUAUAUGAAAAGGAUGUGCAAGUACCAGUAUGUCCAUUGUGUAAUAAGCCAAUUCCAGUAGCACGAGGAGAGCGACCAGAUAAACAAGUAAGCGAUCACAUCGAUUCGAAUUGUGAAUCAAAUCCCGCGAUUGCACUAAAAGGAAAAAUUUAUACAUAUCAUUGCUCACAACGAAAUUGCAAGAAAAGAGAGCUUGUUUCUGUUAAGUGUAAUCAAUGCGGACGAAAUUUUUGCCUGAAACAUCGAUUUCCAGAGGAUCAUGAUUGUAUAGAAGUGAAAAGCAAAAAAUCACUCUCAAAUGCAGCAUUAGCUGCUAUGCGUCGUAAUGAAAGAUGUUGCCGGAAUGAAUCAGCCAAGAAAGAAUCAGGCAACAAUUCUUCCUUACAAGUUAAUUCAGUGUCGGAUGAUGAAGCACUAGCACGAGCACUGCAAGAACUAUUAAAUAAUUCUGAUGAAGGCAUGACUCUAGAAGAACGUGACAGAGCUAUUGCAGAAGAAAUGCAACGAUUGCAAGGACAGAAAAUUCCAGCAAAUUCUAAUCAUGAAAGAUGUACUAUUUCAUAG